AUGCCAACACGUGGUCCGCUCCCAUUUCGCCGCGCAUGCACCCGCUGCCAUGCUCACAAGCUCGCCUGUCCCGGCCGAAUUGAUCAAGAGCAGCGGUGUGCCCGUUGUAUCAAGGCCAAAGUUCCAUGUAUAUUUGGUACGUCGGUACGGGGUAUGCGUCCCGCAACUGUCGCCGCCGCUGGACUGAGGACAGCUUCCGAUAUGGACCAUGACGCAACUCUUGUUGCCUCCAACAAGUGUGCUCGUAGGGCAUCUAAGUUUACGAAGAGUCCAUCUGAGCAGGCGACAGCGGUUUCCGAAUCAUUGACAAUGGCAUCCAUGACAACAUUGCCAGCCAUAGAUUGUUCAUCCUUUAUAACCAAUCUGUUCCACCAGGAUUCUAGCUCCGACAAUUUGGUUGCUAGUCAUGCGCUAUACCGCACAGAGGCUAAUCAGUCUGAAGCACAUAUAAAAGUUGUCCAAACGUUGACAAAACUGAAUUUGGAUCUCUUACAACAUUUUAAUACUAUUCCAUUGCAUGCUCUUGCCCCGCUGGACCCCCCACAAGAUAAAGAGCUGUUCCAUCUGGACCAUACCUUCCAACUCACCAAGGUCAUGUUGGAUGUCACCCAAACGCUUCAGCUACCAGGGACGUUCUAUUUGACAGCCCCAGAGGCAACCACCAUCGACACGGCUUCUAUGUUUCUUGUCAUAUCCUGCUGGCAUCGCCUUGCGGAUAUCUAUGAAAGCAUUUUUCUUCACAUCAAGAAAUGCGCCGAGGAGCCAGCCACUCCAGCAGCGGCAUCUGACGCGUCUGUUCGCCUUCCUUCUGUCAGAAUUGGGACAUAUAGGCCCUCCCCGACAUUGUCCGUUCUGUUGCAAAUGGUCGCAGCUCUGCACCAUUCGACAUUACUGGCUCACGCCAUGAUUGAGUUUGCUGCAAAACUCGAAGAUUCUUUGUAUUAUCAGUCAACUGUCUUCAUUACUCCUGUUGCCAUUGAUAAGAAGACAUGCGAUGACAUCCAAGUUCGCGCCACUAGCUUUCACGACCAGGUCAAGUCCAUUGAAGGAAUACUGUUGCGCGUCGGACUCUUCUAA